AGUGAGAAAGAUGUAUUUUACGAUGCUUUUUUAAGAGAUACAUAGGGGUCACACUGGUCGACUGUUUUGGAAAUUGUUUUUAUUUUCGAAACGCAAAAACAUGGCAGAAUGCACUAAUGUACAGGUGAAACUGGAGCAGCAAAACAUCAAGGAGCGCCUGAAUCUGCACGUCAAGCGGCGCCUGCAGCAGGAUGCGGAUAAUCCCAUCGAGAGUCCCGAACUGUUGCCCACUGAUGCGAAUGCCAAACGCAGCAAGGCGAAAGAUGUUCCAAAAACGAGAAAACCCUACCAAAAGCGCACAGACAAACCGAAAACAGAGACGACCAAGUGCAAGAAAGUGGGCCCAUUGGGCAGUCCGGCGGGCGAGGCGGAUGCCUUGGAUGACCAGGAAACGGAGGGCUUUUCCCCGGAGGCAGCGGAUGGCAAAUCCUCGAGACGAGAUGGCUGCAAAAACGCCGACGUUCUAAACAUGGUCCUGAACGUUAAGAAACGCAUUAUUAUGCAGGAUCCUGAGGUGCAGGCCUUCUGGACCGAAAUCACGAAUUGCAUCAAGGGCUGAAAACUCGACUGGGGUCAUAAAUCAUUAGAAAAUGGAAUCGCUGUUGAGGACUUCACUUGAAGUCGCUGUGUAAUAUAAAUAUCUUAUAUUAAGGUUACUGUACAAAUGUACGGGCAGGUCAAUAAAAUAGGUGUUAGUCCAGAUAUAGUUGAAAUAGUAUCCAUACUUGUAAGUUUGUUUACGAAUAAUGCGCGCAA